AAAGUUCCAAUCGAUUUGAUCAUCCAGAAAAGGCGACACCGGAGAUACUUCCCUCACGCCACAAUGUUCUACAGAGGAUAUGGAGAUAGUCGUGAUGGGCGUGAAAUGGGGCCUAAGCGACAAAGAAUGAUAGAACAAGCUCCUCCUCCUCCAGGAACAUUCUAUGGACCUCAUCCUGGUUCUGCCUUUAUGUUUAACCCUUACGGAUACGCUACUCCUCCUCCUGUUUUCCCUGUGGUUAGACUCCGUGGCCUGCCGUUUGAUUGCGCUGAGCUCGACGUUGUGGAGUUCUUCCGUGGCUUAGAUGUGGUUGACGUCUUGUUUGUUCACAAGAACAAUAAGGUCACUGGUGAAGCCUUUUGUGUUCUUGGUGUUCCUCUCCAGGUCGAUUUCGCGUUACAUAAGAACAGGCAGAACAUGGGCAGGAGAUAUGUGGAGGUUUUUAGAAGUACCAAGCAAGAGUAUUAUAAGGCUAUUGCUAAUGAGGUUGCGGAGUCUCGUGUCCAUGGUACGGUUACUGGUGGUGGUGGCGACGGUGGAGGUGGAGGUGGUGGAAGAGGUGGACAUUCACCUCGUAGACACGUGCAGAGAGCUAGGUCGAGUGAUGAUGGGAAAGAGAAUGCUGAGCAUACGGGUAUCUUGAGAUUGAGAGGGUUGCCUUUCUCGGCAGGGAAGGAAGACAUACUUGACUUCUUCAAAGAUUUUGAUCUGUCUGAAGACUCUGUUCAUGUUACUGUCAAUGGUGAAGGGAGACCCACUGGAGACGCGUUUGUCGAGUUUAGGGGCGGUGAAGAAUCGAGAGCUGCGAUGGUUAAGGACAGGAAGAUGCUUGGGAGCCGGUACAUAGAACUGUUCCCUUCUUCGGUUGAAGAGUUAGAGGAUGCGCUAUCAAGAGGAAGGUGAUCCACCACGACACUACUUGUUAUGGUACUUUCAUACUUUCUUUUCGUUAAUGGUUGUCAGAAGAUCACAAUUUGGACACGUUAAUGGUUUUGGGUUUUGAUGUAUUGGGUACUACUAGUUUUAUCCUUUCUUUAGGUUUUGUUGUGUUGUAUUGAUGGAGAUUUCCAAGAAUCUGCAUCGUUGUAGUAAGUUUGGAGUCGAAUAGGUGGGGAAUCGUCUUUUGAUUCGCGUGCUUUGGUGCUAUCGUGGCUUUUGAUUCAAGCCUUGUUGGAUUGUAACAUUAUUAGGAAUAGUAAUCAUCAUGAUGAUGCUCGCUUCUCUUAGAGAUAUGGUUAACACGACAGAAACAUUGAAGAGAUAAAUCGUUUUGGAUCUUUUUGUAGUGUUUAUGUGAAAAGACUGAGAAGAAAACAUAAACAGGGUAAAGCAUUCAUCUCGUCUUUGAUAGUUUCUUGACGGUAUCUCAGACAUUAUAUCGGUAGGGCUAAAACCAUUGUACUAUAUAUGUGUCGGUACAAUGGUAGUAUAGUUGUUUCUUACCUCUUUUUCAUUUCUACUGUCACUUACAAAACCUAUGGCAGAAGUAUCAGAGCAAAUGUGCGGCUGGUACGUAAUAAUUGUUAGGAUUUAAUUAUUCGGUUUUCUUGGAAAUGUUACUAUGCAAGCAAAAGAAACUUGGGUGUUAUGCAAUUGAAAACUACAUCUUG